UGAAGAAACUAUGAACCUCCCCAGACCGCACCUGACAGCCCCCGGUGGCCUUCAGUUUGCGAAGCUGGAAUUCGGGAACCCAUUGCUCUCCCUUCUCUAAACCCCCUUUUCCUCCCCACUUGUCUAGGAGGGACUGAUGGUGGGGUCUAAAGCAGCCCAGGACUGUGGAGGGGAGGGUCAUGCAUUUGAUUAUUCAUACUACAUUUUCAGACGCCGGGUUCCUUAAGUUUUACUAGAAAGGAGCUCAGAGGAGGGCUAGGGAUGGUAGAGGCGGAAGCUCCUAAAAAUCCAGAAACCUGCAAGCUCUCUGCCCCUGGAAUCGAGGCACAUAUUUGUUGAGGGCGCUAGGACCCAGGACAGCCAGGAAGGCAGAGAGCGAGUGGGUUGAUCCGCAGAUCAGAGGAGCGGAGGUCGGAUCCACAGGCGCUAGGGCCGCGAGAAGAUCCGGCGGUGGGCGGGGCAUGGGCGGUGCACGCGCAGGCGUAGACGGCGGACCCAUGGACCUCAAACCAGAGCUAGCAACCGUGGAGGUUCCUGCUGGGCGCGUGCUCAGUGCCCAGGAGCUCCUCGCCGCCCGCUCGCGGUCCCAGAAGCUACCCCAGCGCUCGCAUGGCCCCAAGGACUUCCUCCCCGACGGCUCGGCGGCCCAGGCCGAGCGGCUGCGCCUGUGCCGGGAGGAGCUCUGGCAGCUGUUGGCAGAGGAGCGCGUGGAGCGUCUGGGCAGCUUGGUGGCCGCGGAAUGGAGACCGGAAGAGGGGUUCGUGGAGUUGAAGUCCCCUGCGGGUAAAUUCUGGCAAACCAUGGGCUUCUCAGAGCAGGGCCAGCAGCGGCUUCACCCCGAGGAAGCCUUGUAUCUGUUGGAAUGUGGCUCCAUCCAGCUUUUCCACCAAGACUUGCCGCUGUCUAUCCAGGAAGCCUACCAGCUGCUGCUGACUGAGGACACUGUGACUUUCUUGCAGUACCAGGUCUUCAGCCACCUGAAGAGACUGGGCUAUGUGAUUCGACGAUUCCAACCCAGCUCCAUCCUGUCCCCUUACGAGAGGCAGCUGAACUUGGACGGCAGUGCCCAGUGCGUGGAGGAUCGGAAUGGCAAGAGGAAGAGGAGGAGCUUCAGCUCUCGGUCCAUUAAUAAGAAGCCCAAGGCCCUGGAGAACCCCCUGCAGGGGAUGGAUGGGACACCUGAGAGCCUGGCAACCUCCAUCCAGUCUUCCAGCAACCAGAACAUCCGAUGCCUAGAGAAGAAACCCCAGGAUUCAAGCCCCAUAAAGGACCCAGGGGGCCCCUUUCAGCUUCUGGGGUCCCUCGAGCCCAGCCCUGGCCUGGCCAGGGAGGGGGUGGGGUGCAGCCAGGAGAGUGGCCAAGUAGAGAAUGGGGUCAAGGGGGCUUGUAAGCCACGCUGGAACUUUGAGCAGAUCUCCUUCCCCAACCUGGCUUCAGAUAGCCGCCACACCCUCCUGCUCGCCCCAGCCCCAGAGCUACUCCCAGCCAAUGUGGCAGGGCGGGAGACGGAUGCUGAGUCCUGGUGCCAGAAGCUGAACCAACGGAAGGAGAAGCUCUCCAGAUGGGAGCGGGAGCAACAGGCAGAGGCCCGACACUUCUGGGAGGACAUAAAUGCAGAUGCCCAGGUGCAGCGCUGCUCCAGCUGGAGGGAGUACAAGCAGCUGCUGCAGAGGCGGCACUUGCAGAAGACCCAGAGCCGCCCCUCACACCUGUGGGACCAGCCUGUCACCCCCUUGUUGAGUCCUGGCCAGGCAGACUCUCCAGCCGCAGUCCUUCAGCAUAUCUCUGUGCUACAAACGACACACCUUGCUGAUGGAGGUGCCCGGCUGCUGGAGAAGCCUGGGGGCUUGGAGAUCAGCUUUGAUGUUUACCAGGCUGACGCUGUGGCCACGUUCCGAAAGAAUAACCCUGGCAAGCCCUAUGCCCGGAUGUGCAUUAGUGGGUAUGAGACCAGCGAGCGCUGCCCCCAGGCUGCCGCCAGUUUUCAUGUAAACCAAGUGAACUGCCUCUCCACACCCUUGGCAGAUUUGUCAAUCCUGAGAGGAACCAGAGGUCCAAAGAGAUUAUGUGACCCACACGAGGCCACACAGCCAGUUAGUGCUACGGGAACCCAAGCUUCCCAGUCCUCAGCCCUUAUUCCUGGCACUUUCAGAUUUGAUGAGCCAGUCCCAGACCUCUGCACUCUCAAGCAGUUGUCCUACCAGAGCGGGGAUGUUCCUCUGAUCUUUGCCCUGGUGGAUCAUGGAGACAUUUCCUUCUACAGCUUCAGGGACUUCACACUGCCCAGGGACCUGGAACACUGACUGUGCAGCUCUGGCAGGGCCUAGGGCCUGCUGGACGGGGUGGGGCGAUGGGGACCCAGACUGCCUACUUUCAGGGACUAUCUCAGCUGCCUCCUGCACCCUGUAGCUGCAGGGGCGUCUGGGCCGUGGCCCUGGAUGCUGAUGUUGCAGAAGAGUGAAGCUGAAACCCACCUCUACUUGGCUGUUGCAAUGCUUCAGAGCCCCAGGCCUAAGAUUGCUGCCUUGCAGUGAUCCUCUUGGAACUCAGCACUAGAUUUUAGAGACCCAGCCGGGUGGGUUAGAAGAGAGGAUUCUGUGCCUUUCAAGGAGAGGGUGCCUGCUUCAUGCGAUAAAGCCAAAGCCAUUAAAAAAUAGAUCCCUUUUA